AUGUUUCUUCUUCUUGGACAAAUAAUUAAAGAAAAAAUCCUAGAACGGGUAACACAAGCAAACUGCAUUAGCAUGCUUUGUGAUGAAGUUUCGGACGUGUCCAACAAAGAGCAGCCAGUAAAUUUCGUUCAAUUUGUAGACCGUGAUUUUGGCAAGGCAGAGAUCGACUUUUUAGCAGUGGACGAUGUGUUGGAAGACUUCAAUUUUUUCCAAUGCGGAAGCAAAUAAAAGCAUGAUAAAGAAGCAAAUGAGCAAUUCGAAGCUGGAUAUUCACAGCCUGUCGGGUCUUGCAACAGAUGGCGCAGUGUCAUGACAGGAAAGAGAAAUGGCGUUUCUGCUCUCCUACGUAGAGAGUCCAAAUUGCUUCUUAAUGUGCAUUGUAUAUGUCACCGUCUUGCUCUUGCAUGUGGAGUUGAAAAUUACCAUGUUCAGUACAUCCAAACAGUGGAAAAAAUUUUGGUGCAGCUUUGGUAGUUUUCCAACAAACUCAGCCAAGAAAUGUGCAUUAUAUGCCAAAGCCACUAUUGAGGCAAAGUCAAUAUCAGUAUCUAAUGCAGGGAAAAAAGUUCUAGCCAAAAAGUUCAAGAAGGCUUGCAGAACACGAUGGCUCUCCACAAAAAGAGCGAUCAACGGAGUAUGCCAGGAUUUCGUUUCUCUCACUUAAACCUUGAGAGCGUACAAAGAAGAGAAUGAUUGUACUGCGAUUGGACUACUGAAAGCAGUGGCAAACAUCAAGUUUCUUUCCACUGUGUAUCUUCUCCAUGAAGUUCUUCCUGCUCUUUCACAUCUUAGCAAGGCGUUUCAGAAAGGAAAUAUCUCCUUCUCAGCUAUCCAUUCUGCAGUUUUGUACACAACUGACCAACUCGUUGAAAUUGCUGCCAAACAAAAGUCCUUGGAAAGUCUAAAAAGAGACCUCGAGGAAGAUGGUAAGCUUGCCAGCACAGAGUUAACUCUCACUACAUCCAGCGAGGACUAUCUGCGAAACCUAACGACGAAGUAUGUUGACUCGUUAACAAAAAAUAUCGAGAAUCGAUUCUCGGAAAGUCUUCUCAUAUUUACCGCUUUCGAGAUACUUGAUCCAAUGGGCGUUCCUGCUAUAUCCGACGAGGCUUUCAAAGAGUAUGCCAUUUCUCAGAUCAAGAUCUUUGCAGAUCAUUUUUUUCAGGAGAAAAAGAAAAAGAAGGAAUUGACGGAAGAAAUAGAGUGCGAAUGGAGAAAAAUUAAGUACAACUUACUUGAGCUAAAAUAUCAAGUUUCCCAGCAUAUUCUUGAUCCCUCCCCCAAAAACAAGAAUUUAUCCGCCCAGACUCCGACAGAAUGA